GUGAAAUGAGAAGUGGCGCCGGAGUUUAAACAGGCGGCCAAAGGGGGUGGGUAGCUGGGGCACCGCACAGACAGACCCGCAUCUCGCUGUAAUCAUUUACCAAAAAAAAAGAAGACAUAUCGAAUUUGUAAGAGGCGAUGGAUUCAGGCAUCAGACGGCCGGGAAUCACAGCGUUUGCAAAAAUGACCAAAGUUCGCAGGAGGAGAGAGAUGAUUCUUUAUCAGAUUGGCGUUCCUUGCAGCAUUCUGUUCCUGGCCUGGUGCAUGUGUAGUCUGCUCUCUAGACUAGAGCGAGAGCAACAGACUGGACAACAAGCCAUGCGGGACCUAAGGUGGUGGAACAGGAAGUUAAUGGCAGCCGCGAAGGACAACGGUACCCAGACAAAGAACUGUACCGAGCCAGCUAUCCACGAAUUUCCAAGUGAUUUGUUUACCAAUAAGGAAAGGCAACAAGGAGGAGUAUUACUUCAUAUAACAGGAGCCAUGUAUAUGUUUUACGCACUGGCUAUAGUUUGUGAUGACUUCUUUGUUCCAGCCUUAGAAAAGAUAUGUGAGAGAUUACAUUUGAAUGAAGAUGUUGCCGGUGCCACCUUCAUGGCAGCUGGAAGCUCGGCACCAGAGCUGUUUGCAUCAGUCAUUGGUGUCUUUAUUACCCAUGGAGAUGUUGGAGUUGGAACUAUCGUUGGUUCUGCAGUGUUUAACAUUCUGUGUAUCAUUGGUGUCUGCGGAUUAUUUGCAGGGCAGAUUGUAUAUCUGACUCAGUGGUCUGUGUUCAGGGAUUCGCUAUACUAUACUUGGUCAGUUAUCAUGCUUAUUGUGUUCAUGUAUGAUGAGAGAAUUGAUUGGUGGGAAGGCCUUAUCCUGAUCCUGAUGUAUGCGGGUUAUAUAGCUGUGAUGAAGUUCAAUACCCAGUUGCAGAAUUUCUUUGUGAGCAAGCUGAUGAAGGAUGUGGCAAAUGGCAAUGUGAUCGGCAAUGAGAUGGAGGAUGGUAAUAUUGAAUAUCUCAAUAGUUGUGAUGACCCAUCAAUACCAUUGUUAUCGCGAGUCCAGUCUGCCAAUGGUGUGGACAAGGAGAUCUGUGCAGCAGAGAAAUGUGAUGGGAUUGAAAAUGGAAAUGUCCCUCUGGACAUCAAUGCAAAAGAAGAUGAUCACAAGGAUGAAAAUGAACCAGAGCUCACAUCACCAUUUUCUCCACCAGGGGGUUGUUUGAAUAAGGUGAAGUGGCUGAGUUCGUGGCCGGUCCUUCUCGUGCUUUUCUUCACCAUCCCAAACUGUGCAAAACCUCGCUGGGAGAGGUUCUUCAUGGUAACCUUCUUCAUGUCCACCGUGUGGAUUGCUGUCUUCUCUUACUUAAUGGUUUGGAUGGUCACUGUCAUCGGGUUCACUCUUGGAAUUCCAGACAUUAUCAUGGGGAUCACAUUUCUGGCAGCCGGAACAAGUGUUCCCGAUUGCAUGGCUAGCUUAAUAGUGGCCAGACAAGGAAUGGGUGACAUGGCAGUGUCCAACACAGUCGGAAGCAAUGUCUUCGACAUCCUCGUUGGUUUAGGUCUUCCGUGGGGUCUGCAGACGAUGAUUAUUGACACUGGAUCCUUUGUCCGCAUCAACAGCAAAGGCCUUGUUUAUUCUGUCAUUCUUCUCUUAGGAUCUGUGGCACUCACGGUGGCUGGUAUUCAUGUGAAUGGAUGGAAAUUGGAUAAAAAGCUGGGUAUUUAUGUGCUGGUCCUCUACGCUUUUUUCUUGUGCUUCUCAAUCAUGAUCGAAUUCAAUGUCUUUACUUUUGUUAACUUGCCUAUGUGCAAAGUCAGCAUUUAAGCAUAUCUGAGCGCCACAGGAUGCCAUCAAAAAAGAACUGUCGUAAGCUGCUCUUGGACCUUUCUUUGGUAUAUAAAGAAUGUUUUCUUUUGGCUAUUUUGAAAGUUAAAGCAGCUUUUAACACAGAGCCAGAACUAUUAUUUGACAAGAAGACUGCUAACUGAUUAUUGUACACUGAAGUCGCACAAGGAGCUCUCACUCCCUCCGAUGGAGCUUCUACAAAUUACGCCCAUGAUUUAGCAACGUGACUGCAACAACUGGAUCUCCUGUAUGUUUUACAGCCUGUUUGUGCACAUUAGUGCAAAAUUAUAAUGUGUUAAACAGCAAGAGUGCUACAUAUCAGUCUUUUAGUUCAUGGGACUUCACCACAUAUACUAUAUGUGGGAAGCAAUUUGUUAGGCAGUCUUUUCUGACCUAAUUUUACGUAGGGCCACGAUACAUGUUGAAGCCAACGUCUGUUUAUGUUCAGAAACUUAAAAGAGUAUAUAUUGGAAUUGUGUGCAUAUGAACAAGAUAAUUUGUAUAUUCAGUCAAUGUAGCUUAAAUAAUGAAUGAAAUGCUAAACUUGUACAUUUUAAUAGGAAAGUAUAUAUGCUGACUUUAUGUUUGAACUUUGAUUCAUAGUAUUUUGAUACUAUGCUAUAGAAACAGUGGCCUCCACAAUGUUUGGGACAAAGACCCAUCAUUUAU